AGCAACACUACACAACUUACGGAGCAUUGCCUUGAAGUGUAUAUCGCCCAGUGAUUCCUUGUCACGCUAAAUAAUCCACUCUAAGACUGCGGUCUCGAUAUAUUUCUCAAUAUAAGUUGAAUGCGGCCCACUUUCUCACCUCUUAUAAUGGAUAAAGUUUAACACAUCCAACCGCCGAGUUCGGUGUCUGUUACAUUCCAGACAUCACGAUGGAUCCAAGCAUUGACAUCGAGAAAUCCGCCGCCGGCGCUGCUGAUGAAGCCGGCAGCGCCUCAUCUCAAGCCUCCAAGGACAAGACAUCGGCUGAGUCUAACAGCAACACUGCCACCCCACCUGCUCCAGACCUAGCCCCAAUUCCUAUUCCCUCCAAACUCCGCCAACUCAACCAAGUUCUCGAAUCCCUCGCAGGCUUCGAAUCCCGCGGCAUCUCCCGCGUCCCCCCCUCAGCCCGUCAACCCCCCUCCCGCACCGCCGACCUCCAAGUAGCCGUCCUCUGGUUCAGCGCCAACAUCAGUUGCAACAACCUGAUCGUCGGUCUCUAUGGCCCCUUACUCUUCCAGCUCGGUUUUCUCGACAGCGCGCUAUGCGCCGUCUUCGGUGCCCUGCUCGGGAGCUUGUCAACAAGCUACAUGAGCAUCUGGGGACCGCAGAGCGGGAACCGGACCAUGGUCGUUUUGCGGUAUUUCUUUGGAUACUGGCCGGCGAAGGUGCCUACAUUUUUGAAUGUGGUGCUUAUGGUCGGGUAUUGUACCAUUGAUGGGAUUAUUGGGGGGCAAAUCUUGUCGGCGGUUAGUGGGGGAACCAUGUCGAUUGCCGUUGGUAUUGUGGUGGUGAAUUUGGUUUGCUGGGGGAUUGUGUUGUUUGGGAUGAAGCCGUUUCAUCAGUAUGAAAAGUUUGCUUGGAUUCCGCAGAUUUUGGCAUUGUUUGUCAUGGUGGGCUGUGCUGGGCCUAGCUUUGAUGCGAAGUCUAUUUCUGUGGGAGACAAGGCAACGGUGGCUGCGAACCGGUUGUCGUUCCUGUCUAUGUGCCUGUAUGUGCCCAACUCAUGGGCAGCUGCGGCGUCGGACUUUUACGUCUAUUACCCGGAAAAGACAUCUCCAGUCAAGAUCUUCUUCUUGACCCUGAGUGGACUGUGGACUUCCUUCAGUCUAGUCUUUCUCUUAGGUAUCGGUCUAGGCACUGGUCUCACCACCAACUCCUUGUGGAGUGAAGCCUUCGAAAUCUCCACCGGCGCACUGUUGGUAGCCGCCUACGAGCCCCUGCAUGACUUUGGCCGUUUCUGCUCCGUUAUCGUAGCACUAGGCCUCAUCGCCAACAGCGCCCCGGGCACCUACUCGGCCACCCUAAGCUGCCAGGUCUUGGGCCGCUACGGCCAGGCUGUCCCGCGUUGGGUUUGGGGAUGUGUCAUUAUCCUUAUCGAGCUUGUCUUGGGUCUAGCCGGGAGAAAUGACCUCUACGUAAUCUUCUCCAACUUCCUCGCGCUGAUGGGUUACUGGGCCGAGUUUAUGGUCAUUAUCGUUAUCAUGGAACGUGGAAUUUUCCGAAGAAAUGUGCAGUAUGACUGGGCGAAGUGGCAGGACAAGGCGUACAUGCCCAUCGGGAUCGCCGCCUUGGUUUCGUUCCUAUUGGGCUGGCUAGGUGCUGUGCUCGGUAUGUAUCAGACCUGGUUUGUUGGACCCCUGGCAGCGGCAGCCAAUGUUUCGGAUGUGGGAGUGUGGAUUGGGUGCGCCUUUGUGCUCGUGUCUUUUCCGCCAUUGAGGUACUGCGAGUUGAGAAAGUUUGGUCGAUAGCGUCUAGAGAUAGAUAAACCGGAGGUGAAACACAAUAAUCCAUAUGCCAAUGGUCUGACUAAUUGUUAUGGGGUCAUUUGCACAGCUCUUCACUGUAAACUGAUGGGAAGAAAUCACCCCCUUCUGCC